AUGGAUGUCAGACGGAAUACUGUUGUCAGUGAAGCAGGAAAUGGGAAUAAAAAUUGCGGUUCUUCUACUGAGGAACGAAAAACUACUAAUUGUAAUGUCGAACGGUUGACGGAUCUGGUGUUUGAACGAACGCUGGAAGAAGUCAGUGAACCAGAUAGGAAACGCCAACGUUUGGAAGUUGAGGGGAACAAAAAAAUCACUACAAAACAAGGAGGACAAGUUCAAAAGAAAAGAAAUGUGAUGAAUGGUAGACCCUCGAUUAACUUCACACCACUGGUUGGCUACGAGCGCCUCCAGUGUGCAGGACCGCUUGAAUCGAGGACGAUUGUUAAUCGCCUGUACCAUUCGAAUAAAUUUGCAAAUAUCAGUGGAGGUUUCCGAUUAUAUCUUCGACUUAUAACGGAUGCUAUAUUAAAUGAGAUCUGUGACAAGAUCGAUGAUCAGAGUGAUUGUUUCGAUAAAUCGGAAGAUAUGGAUCUAUGUAUUUUGCAAGUUUUGCGUUAUGCGUGGUCUCAGCUAAGUGAUAAAGAACGGUUAAAAUACGAAACUGUCGCACGGCACAAGAUUCAGGAGAAGCGCAAAGCUGAACAACUGAAUAAAAUGAGUGAUCAAAAUACCAAAUCAGAAAAAAAUAUGAAUGCAGCAAAGACGCAGUGGAUCCGUUCUUUGCCAGCUAUGCCUUUGACUGAAUUUAAGUUCAUGUCAGCAUGGGCCAAAAAGCAGAAAGAAAACGAACAUCAUCGUGUACACUGUAAAAGGGUUCGAUGUCCAUUUUGCAAGAAUGCGAUUUUGAGGGACGACACGUUGCAGAUGCACAUUCUAUAUGGUCAUCAUAACAUGUACGUGUAUGCAUGCCAUUACUGUUUCGAAGGAUUCACUUCUCUCGAGCGACUGAAACAGCAUGAUUGUCAGGAAUUCACGCAAUUCAUGUUACAGUUACUGAUCAAAGAGAGAAAGUUAGAAAUGAUGUUUGCAAUGCACACAUUGAUUUGUGCUGAAUGUAAUCUGCAGGUGCCUUUGUCAUCUUUAAGUAAUUUAUCCGGUGAUAAUAAGCACGUGAAACUGCAACGUUUAUUGAACUAUCAUAGUACAGAUAACUUAGUAUCAUGUGUUAUAUUAUUUGCUGUUCGGCCUGCUGAGGUGGAAUAUGUAACAAUAAAAGGUUGUGCGAUGAAGUGUGGCAUACCACUGCAGUGUAAAUUUUGUUCACACAAGUUUAUCUCUGCAGCUGAUAUUGAAAAGCAUCAAUUAAAUGAACAUUCUGGAGUAGUGACUAAAUUGAAAUGUCCGGUGUGUCCGCGCUUCUACAUUACUGAUUGUUUCUUUAGAGACCACCUUUUAUCGCAUCUUGGUGAAAUGCAUUCGAUGACGAGCUUAUUGGAUAAGGCAACAUUUUGGCCACCAGCCUUUUCUCUUGAAACGACUUUUAGGAUGGGGCCUUCAUUGCAGAAAAUAAUUGGUUCUGAUAUGACAGGAUUAUCGAGAGUCGAGAAACUUAAUGAUCUUUCCGAUGACGAAGAUGGAUCAUAUGAAAACUCCUUGAACAGAAAAAGUAAACUGCUUAACGAAAAAAGAAAGUUCAGAAAAAUCGACAAAGGAGCUGGUCGGGAUUUGUGUUAUUAUUGUAGACAUGCAAAACAGGUAGCGACUAAACCACUACAGUCCAGUCUUUGCCGAUGCAUAAAAUCAAAACAUGAAUCAAAAUCAUUUACAACAAAAAAUUCUUUUAUGAAGUCACUUGUAGAAAAGUUCACCCGGGAAGGGCGGCUUUAUGUUGACAAAAAGGAUUCCAUUCUGGACACAACAAUUGGCGCAGUUAUUGAUGAUAGUGUCUUCAUUUGUGUUAAGUGUAAAGGUCUUCAUCUUGGUGACCGAAAUACGCUAAAACAUCUUCGGAUUUGUAUGCAGAAGGACGUUGAAUCUCCAGAUCCGGAAAAAUAUUUUGAUUUGAUGGACAGCAAAAUUGUUAUCCGGUUAACUCAAUCAUGUUGUUCUCCAAAUGGCAGAAUUAGUUGUCCGGAGUGUGAGGUGACGUCCUGUUCAAUUGCUAGCUUACGACGACACCUGGCUCUGCUUCAUGGCAUUUUUACAUAUUAUAAUAUUCCAGAAACUCAUAGAGCUGUUGGCAUCAUGGAAUACAUCCCAUCGAAAACUACUAAAGACACAAAACUUGAUAUUGCCACAAGAAUAAAUCUAGAGUUGAAUUUGACGCCAACAGGCGAUUUUAAGCUGCGAUACCAAAGGCCUCGAUCACCUAUAACCAGUGGAAACAACGCAUGGCUAGUUACUUCCAACUUCCGUGCUACAGAAAACCUUCAGGCAGCUCCAGUGUCAUCUGAAGCGCGAUCAACUUUAAUGCACACUUUCUUGGACACACCACAAAAUUCAGUAAUAAUGGGAAAAUUUACAUGUAUAGUCUGCUUUGCAACUAUCGAUUCAUCUCUGCAGUUGGCAAAUCACUUUGUUCGGUCCCAUCUGUACGUAUGUUCUGAAUGUGGAAGUGGUUUUGUUGCAAAGCAGUGCCUUUUGUCUCAUUUGGCUGUUUGUCAAAAGUGGCCUCGAAAAUGUUCGAAUGGAAAGUUCUAUCCACGCUGCCCAAUUUGUAGCUCCCUUUUACUCACUCCCGAGCGCUACUUCUAUCAUUUAUUGCACUUCCAUAAAACAAGCAUAUAUAUCAAUCAAAAAAACCAGCAGGUAAGUCCGAUGUUUAUUUGGAAAAAAUUGUCCUUAGCAGAUGCUGCGAAGUUGAAGAAGACAGUGGAUAAACUGACAGUCAAAACUGGUGCUAAUUUUGCAGCGGAAAAUAUGUUGUAUUCAUCCACUCUUCUUCCACUGAAGAAUACAAGUUAUGCAGAACCCGCUGUUGCAGAUAAGUUUCUAUGUGUUCUUUGCGAACUGGAUUUCCCAAACCAAGCAGAAUGCGAUAUUCAUCUCAAAGAACAUCCGGAACAGUGGAGCUGUUGUCCUGUUUGCAUGUACUUCCGGAAUCACUAUCCGAUUCAUACCGUUGGCGAACUUUUUGAACACUUGUUGUGUAAACACACAGUUAAAUCACUUCAACCAAAAGGUCUGAAAAUAGUGUGCAAUCUUUGUCAGAGUUUAUUUUCUUGUGAACCAACUGCGCCAUUAUCAAUCAAGCGCUGCGAGGAACGAAUGAUCCGGCAUAUUUUGUACGCGUGCUGCGGCACCCAGAUAUGCUUUCUUUGCAAUGAUAGCGUUGUGUAUUCACCUGACAAACUGAAGAAACAUCGUGUUAGUGAACAUCGCAUGGUUUUUGAAAGGUUUGGAUGUUCGAAGUGUUUUCGGAGAUUCCACACCUGCAGUACAUUUAGAAAGCAUUCCUGCAGUGUGUUGUUAAAAUGUUCAUGUAGAAUUAAUGCGCUAUUCACAGAAGAAGAAUUCGAAAAACAUUUCGAAAUCCACUUGAAUUCGAUGAGGGACUUUUGUCUUCUUUGCAAUAAAUACCUGUUUUCGAAGGAUCAACUUUUUUCCCAUGUGAUGUCGCAUCGGAUUACCGUAAACGAUAAAAGGCAGUUAGUUCGGCUCAGCACGCCCGAAAAUACGUUGUCAUUUCCCACGUCGAAUAUCACUGUGCAUAGUAAAAUGAACAUAAAUGAGACGUCUAAAGAACGUAGUGCUACUACAUUUCUAUUUGGAAAAGUGAAAGUGAGCAAUGAUGAUGAUGGAAUCAAAUUCUUAGGAUUCGGUUGUCAUACUAAUGAUGUAAGAGGAAAUGAUAAUAACGAUUGGAAGAAAUAUGCUGAUGAUAGCGAUGUGGUAUUCACGGCGGAAACUGUUCCAGCUAAUUUCAUGACUAACGUUCGGUCAGAAACCAGUGCUGUUAUCGAGUCAUUACCUUCAUUUUGUACGAAUCUUGGAGGAACUACCACAUCUACUCCGACUGUUAGAAUCCCAGCUGAUGAAAUUAUGCCUGAUGAAUCCGGACCAUCUACUACACUAUUUGGUGAUACAGCUAACAUGACAUCCAGCAGUACUGAUGAUCAGAAUUCUACAGCAAGAAAUGAACAUUCAGUAGAAGUCACGGAAAAAGAGCCUUCUUCUGCAAAAAUGUCGUACGUACCUACGAAUGUUGGUGAAGAGGAUGAUAUAUUAAUUAUCGAUGAUUUUAAAAAUGAAAGUCUUGAUAUCGAUGAAAAAGUUUUAGAUGAAGGGAAAAUGCUUGUAGACAAAAUUGGUGAUCCAGAUUUGGAGGUUAUUGAAAGCGCUAAAAGACAUCGUGCGAUUUUAAAACGUGAAACGAAGUUCCACUGUAGUCAGUGCACCGAGAAAUUUCUUACAAGAGCUUCUUUGCUGAUACACAAAGAGACUCACAGAUAUGAUGCCGGUCAAACGAUCGAAGCGGUCUAUGGAAUCCCUACUGAAACGACCUUAUACAUAUGUCGUCUGUGUUGUUUGGCAUAUGAAUCGCAAGUAGUAUACCAGAUGCAUAUGCGCACCCAUGGCAUGUUGCAAAAUUGUGGACGAUGUUCUGCAGUAGCAUUUAACGAGGAACAGAUGAAAAAUCAUCAAGGCCAACACGUACCAUCUAAUAAUAGACAACAAGUGGUUUAUGUUUGUUCGAAAUGUGUGGCUACUUAUUCAACGGACGAGCGUUUAUAUCACCAUAUGUUUAGCUCCCAUGCGCAGGCUGUACUUUAUUUCUGUAAGAAUUGUGGAUUGGCAAGCACUAAUGGGCGUGUUGUCUAUGAACAUAUAGUACGAAAUGGGUGCUCUUGGCAGAAUUUAUCAUCUGUACCAGAAUUUGUGGUUAUGGGUUUUACGGCAGCAUGUAUAUUCCAUUAUCAGCCAUCCAAUCCUGUUCAGUAUGAGAAUAAACUGCAUAGUAAUGAAUUGCUCGUUGUUACUCCAUCAGAGUGUAUACAUCGGUCAUUCUUGUCCCAUCCAAAUGAUGUCAUUAGUAUUACCUGCCCAACAUGUAGUUCAUUGAUGAGUUUUUUGCAACUCCAAGCAGAAAAUCCCAGAUUCACUGCGACCUUGCCGCGUACUCUGAAUCAUGCGGCGGAUGACAACGAUACCAUCAUGUUGGCGAUGCUAAAUAUGUGGAGAAUGGAGGACAUCGACCAACAAACUAGCGCCGCUAACAUACGAAACGAACAGAUGCCUACUUUACCGUCAGGAGGAGUGGCGAGUAAUAUCAGUAUUAGGCAACCACCGUCUCAAAUUUCUUGGGUUCCAGCUCGUCAAUCGUUGGCAACAUCUUCUUCGUUUCCUUCAUCACCACUACAGACUGCUGUCAGUCGGCCAUCAAGAGCAGUAAACGGUACAACUCUUCGAUUAAAUAAUAGGGGUAUAAAUUCUCACCCGUGCUUUCCUCAAGUCAUUAUAUCCACAACACAUCCAUUUGCAUUAUCCAUCUGUAAGCAGACGGGGCUCGAAUCAUCGUCAUCACUUUCGAAAACACCACCUUAUUUGCAGCCGUAUCGCGGUGCACUUGAAGCAGUUGGCCUAACAGUUGGCACUCAGAUGGUCACCCGAGACUAUAUUAUGAAGAAUGCUGGGGGUAAAUACUUCUGUGCUAGAUCAGAAUGCGCUGAUGUGCGAAUUGAAAAGAUUACCAGCGGACGUGUGCAUAAUUUGCGUCAUAAUCCACAGAAUAUUUUUUUCUGCUUAGAAUGUGGUAGUGCAUUUCCAUUCGAAAAUCUCAUUGUAAAGCAUAUGGUCGAAUUUCACUAUCAAAAACAAACACCAUCACUGAGCUUGCGCUGUCCGUUAUGUCCGGAAACCGUUCCAUUUACGCAUAUAGAGCUUUUUAGGAAGCAUAUGGCCGAUUCCACAGCGCAUUCAACUGCUACUCAUCUUUUCAGUUACAAACAAAGGUGCAAACUACGUUUUUAUUCAAUAGAAGCACGACUGCGACAUGAUUUCGAACAUCGUGCAACGAAAAAUGCGCCAUGUUGUUUUGUAUGUGGAACGAGCCGAAACUGGUGGUUUAGCCCGGCUCGAACUAAUUUUCCAUAUAUUGAUCAUUCAUAUAUUCAUGCGUUUUCUCUUUGGGGUAUGUGUCGGGAAUGCGGCUUAUGUUACCCAAACGAAUUAAAGAAUCAACAGUAUUUUCAUCAUUUUAAAGAACAACAUAUGUCCAAAGCAUUGAACACCUGGCAUUGUAAAAUAUGCAAUAUAGAAAUUGAUGACUGUAAUGUCUAUCUACAUCCGUUGCAACGACAUUUUGUUAUUGGCGUCAAGAUAGAUAGGCGAAGACCGUACGCUGUUAAAACGAGUGAUGCACUGAUGCUUGCCUUUCUAGGCUACUCAUUGCCGGAUAAUGCGAAGAUCUAG